GAAGGAGCCUAGGCGGAAGCGGUCUGAUCUGUCAAGGCAGGGAACAUUUUGCAGAAUUUGACAAAGAGGUUAAUCCCACCAAAUAGCACCGAUCAUCCCCCCCUUUUUUCCUCGACACCGGCGUCCGCUGCGAUGAUCCUGUUAGAAAUCAACAACCGCAUCAUAGAAGAGACGCUGUCGUUGAAGUUCGACGGCGCAUCCAACGGAACCAAACCAGAGGCCGUCGAUGUGACGUUUGCAGACUUCGAUGGCGUAUUGUACCACAUCUCCAACCCCAACGGGGAGAAGACCAAAGUGAUGGUCAGCAUCUCCCUGAAGUUCUACAAGGAGCUGCAGGAACACGGGGCGGACGAGCUGCUCAAGAGGGUCUAUGGGAGUUUCCUGGUUGCACCAGAGGAUGCCUACAACGUGUCCCUCCUCUACGAUCUGGAUGCGCUACCGGCCAAUAAAGACGAUAUUGUCCACCAGGCGGGUAUGCUCAAGAGGAACUGCUUCGCCUCCGUGUUCGAGAAGUACUUCAAGUUCCAGGAAGAGGGCAAAGAGGGCGAGCAGAGGGCUGUGGUCCACUACAGAGAGGACGAGUCCAUGUAUCUGGAGGCCAAGAAAGACAGAGUGACGGUUGUGUUCAGCACGGUGUUCAAAGACGACGACGACGUCAUCAUCGGCAAAGUUUUCAUGCAGGAGUUCAAAGAGGGUCGGCGAGCCAGCCACACGGCCCCCCAGGUGCUGUUCAGCCACAGGGAGCCCCCGCUGGAGCUGAAGGACACGGACGCCGCUGUCGGGGACAACAUUGGAUACAUCACCUUUGUCCUGUUCCCGCGUCACACCAAUAUCAACGCCAGAGACAACACCAUCAACCUCAUCCACACCUUCAGGGACUACCUGCACUACCACAUAAAGUGCUCCAAGGCCUACAUCCACACACGCAUGAGGGCCAAGACGUCAGAGUUCCUGAAGGUGCUGAACCGCGCUCGCCCCGACGCCGAGAAGAAGGAGAUGAAGACCAUCUCUGGAAAAACGUUCUCCCGCUGAGGCCAACCCUCCCCCCCCCCACCAGAGAAAUCCAAUCCCCUUGUGGACAAGCCCAGACGCGCUCCACUGAGACUCAACACCACAUCGGACAGGACUCCUCUAGCCCCCAAAUACAUGUCCAGUCCUUCCUCUUUUCUUUUUUUUUUUUUUUUUUUCUUUUUUAAAUGAAUAAUAAUGUUGGCUCAAGAUAAAUGGAAACAUGGGCAUUCCCUGCUUUGCAUAGUUAAAAGAGAAUUAUUAGCCCUAUAUAAAUAUAUAUAUGAAAAAAAAUUGACAUUUUUGAUACGAUAUCUUUUACUCCAUUUGGUACUCUUGCUUGCCCCUGAACCUUCACCGUGAGAUAUAUCCAUGUGUUGGAUGAUUUCACCCCCCCCCCCUCUCUGUGCUCUCAUUUCGUCUGUACCAUUGUCAUCUGAAAAAAUAAAAUAAAUCACUUACGACAAGAACCUUCUGCUGUCCUUUCCUCCUCUUCUAAGAAAAUAAGUAUAUUUGUAGAUUAACCUGUAUAUUGGAAAUGCUAAACUUUGGUUUUAAUGGCUUUUAAAAUAUAUUGAAGUAUCUUUUAUAACAACUAUUGAAAUAAACUAAUAAAUAUGGAUGACAUUUAGGGGAUUUUAGGUUUUCACCUGCCAGUGGCAUUUUGGCUGAUUUCUUCGGUGUAUAUAUUUGUUUCUUUCUACAUUUCUUCACAUGGAAGUCAUAAUCUGUUCAGUUGGAGUAUUCAUAUAAUUACAGUAAGUACACAAUCCACAUUCAUGCAAAAGUAUCACUGCACUCUGUGAUUAAUAAAGUAUAUUGUAUGAAGUAUUAAAAAAAAAAAACAAUGGCAACAA